AUGCCCAAGGAAAAGUCUACCAAGAAGUCCGCCACCGGUGGUGCCAAGAAGUUGUCCGCCUACAACAAGUUCAUGAAGACCGAGCUCGCCAAGGUCAAGACUGAGAAGCCUGCCCUCAACCACAAGGAGGCCUUCAAGGAGGUCGCCGCCCGCUGGAAGACCGCCGCCGAGAACCCCAAGAACGUCAAGUCCCAGUCCUAG